CAGUAAAGUAAAGCCGCUUGUGUUUGACAGCAGACAAAUAUUCAGCAAAGCCAAGGAAAGACUGUCUCCAAAUACGCACAGUCCUCGAAAUUCUGAGUCUCCGUGAUGAUUUCUCAGAUCUCUCCCACUCUAUACCUGAGUGGCCUGGAGGCCCUUAAUCAGUCAGCACUGGAGCACAGGGGCGUCACUCUGCUGGUGAACGCCUGUGCUGAAUAUCCCUGUCCUGAGUAUCAAGGGGUGUCCUGUGUUUGUGUGCCGGUGGAGGACCGUCCUCACGCCCCUCUGUACCAACACUUUGACCGCGUAGCAGAGCAGAUCCAGCAGAAUCACUCUGGGAGCUCACUGGUGUUUUGCUCGGCCGGUAGAAGUAGGUCUCCAUCUCUGAUCAUGGCAUAUCUCAUGAGGUUUGAGCGACUCUCGCUGCUUCAGGCUCAUCACAGGGUUUUGGCGGUACGGCCCUUUGUCCGGCCGAACGCUGGGUUUUGGAGGCAAUUGUUGCAGUAUGAGAAGAAACUUACAGGUAGCAACAGUAUAAGAAUGGUGGCCACAUCACUGGGCGUCCUGCCAGAGGCCAUCCAGAUCACACAGGACUCCUCAUACUGUGUAAAUGUGUAUUACAUUGGGACAUUGUGAACUGGAUAUAUUUAAAUAGAGUUUGUGUGUUAUGGAAUUAAGGGUUCCAACGAAUGCCAAAAAACCUAUAUUAAUCAUACAGCUUCUUUAUAAAUGUAAUAAUCAUAAUAAUAAUAAUAAUUCCUUACAUUAAUAUAGCGCUUUUCUGGGCACUCAAAGC